AACCAAGAACUUGAGUAUCAAAACUGACUGACUGAUUGAUUCGGCGUGUCGUGCCUGUACAGUGCGAACGUGUUCAUCUGUAGCGCUGCUUCCGCAAAUUCUGGACACUCCACUGCCGCGAAGCACCUUGUACGUUUGACGCCACACGGCGUGACUAAUCAGACGUUUUCUGGUUUGCUGUGUCUGCGACUUCACCUCCACUCGUGCACAUGCUGCGCUCCACACCUCCCGCGGCCAUGGUGCGACCCGGCACAUCCUGGCUGUCCGUGGCCAACUCGACUCCUUCUUACUCGAGGACAGUGAACGCCAUGGGCACGUACGGCAGCGACGUUUAUGAGCCAUAUGGCGGGGAAGAAGAUCGCCGUGAGACGGCACCGCCGUCCGCGCAGGACAACGGUUCCUGGAACAACGCGAGCGACUACGACGACCUGUACUCGAUCCCGUCGGACUUGUGGAUGCGCUACUCGCCCUCUAUCGUGGCCGUCUUCUGCCUGGCGUACACCGUGGUCUUCAUCAUGGGACUGCUCGGCAACAGCUUCGUGGUGGCCGUGGUCGCGCGUUCACCACGCAUGCGCACCGUCACCAACUACUUCAUCGUGAACCUGGCCAUGGCCGACAUCCUUGUCGUCGUCUUCUGCAUACCAGCGACGCUCGUCGGCAACAUCUUUGUCC